GCCGGUGAACGGUCAUUGGAUGUGGAAUGUGUCCUGUCCUCGCCCUCCCUGCGUGGACCACAGACAGACAGACAGCGACAGACAGAGACAGACGCAGGCUGGUGUUUGAAGCGCACAGCAUCAUCAUCAUCAUCAUCAUCAUCACACAUGUCUCCUCCACAGCCAGCACACCGCCUCAUGCUGACGGCACAAACACGGAUGAGAGCCUCUUGUCUGGCAGACAGUGCUGUGGCCUCCUGAUGCAUCUGUCCAGCCACCAUGCAGUGUUCUUGGAAGUCCAUGGUGCUGCUAGCAUUAGCCUCCAUAGCCAUCCAGUACACGGCCAUCCGCACCUUUUCCACCAAACCUUUAAGCCUGCUGUGCUCUGUGGGCCUGGCAACGACAGGCCACACUGUCAACUGCAGCCUCAGAGAUCUGACACGACUAGGCCAGGCAACACUCGAGGGCUCGGACCCGGGCUGUGAUGAGAUCCUCUCCCACGCCCCCUCUGCCCCCUCCAUCUCCCUACCCUCCUCUAAGGCCAACAAGAGAAUCAACAUCCUCAUUCUGGCCACCACACGGAGUGGAUCCUCGUUUGUGGGUCAGCUGUUCAACCAGCAUCCAGAGCCACUUUUGCCGUUCUUGUAGGAGGGGCAAGUAUUCUCUAGACCAACGCUUCCAAAAGAUGUCGGAGAUAUACUGCACCUGCCUCCACCUUCGCUUGUAGUACAGAUCAUCCUUCUGGAACAUGCCCGGAGGGAGUGCUGGCUUUCCCUUGAGCAGAAGAAGAUGAUUCAGCGUCAGUGGCUCAAGGUCGUCGACAUCAUCCGAUGACCUGGUAAGUGGUCUGCUGUUGAUGACUGCUUCCACUUCACACAUCACAGUGUGCAGACAUUCAUCGUCGAGUGACUGGAGCUUCAGGACACUGGUAAGUACCUUGCGCACUGUUCUUAUUUGGCGCUCCCAGAUCCCGCCGUGGUGCGACCCAGCAGGCGGGUUGAAGAUCCAGGUAACCCCCCUCUGCAGCAGAGCGUCAGAGAUUUGGGACUGAUUCCACUCCUUCAUUGCCUUGCGUAGCUUGUGUUCUGCCGCUACAAGGUUUGUUCCGUUAUCGGAUCUCAUAACUUCCACUUGUCCUCGUCUUGCGAUGAAACGUCUGACUGCGUUUAUACAGGAGUCCAUGUCCAGUGAGUGUGUGAUUUCAAUGUGGACA